AAGAAAUGCAAGUUUAGUGCGCGGCAAGUGCAAGCUCUCUCUCUCAAUUUGUACUCUCUCUAUUUCUUUCUUUCUUGCUUGCCUUUCCAUCUCUCUCUCUCUUUAACCCUUUUUUGCUUUUGUCUUUCUUUCUUUCUUUUUUCAUUCUCAUCCAGUGAAUCAAACUGCAUUCCUUUGUUUCCCUGUGCUCUUAACUGGCUAGGACUCUCUUGAGAUCAUCAGUACUUGAGGGUGUUCCUUUCUUUCUCCCUAGCUUAUCUAUCGAUUCUUUGAUUCAUUUAGUGGAUACUCUUUUUGAGUUUUGAGCUUAAGGAGUAAAAACAAGGGUGGUUUUGAGGGGAUUAUAAACAAUGGCAGCUGAUCCAAAGCCAGAAGAGAUAAGUCACCCUCCAAUGGACCAACUUCAAGGCUUAGAGUACUGUAUCGAUUCUAACCCAUCUUGGGGAGAGUCUAUAGCUUUGGGUUUUCAGCAUUAUAUCUUGGCUUUAGGAACUGCUGUUAUGAUCCCUUCAUUUCUUGUUCCUUUGAUGGGUGGUAAUCAUGGUGAUAAAGUGAGGGUGGUGCAGACUCUGCUUUUUGUUGAAGGGAUCAACACACUUCUACAAACACUGUUUGGGACGCGUUUACCGACCGUAAUUGGAGGGUCUUAUGCCUUCAUGGUCCCCAUUGUGUCAAUAAUUCAUGACCCAUCUUUGACAAGCAUUCCUGAUGACCAUUUGAGAUUUCUUAGCACAAUGAGAGCAGUCCAAGGUGCUCUGAUAGUGUCAUCAAGUAUACAGAUAAUUCUAGGAUACAGUCAGCUAUGGGCCAUUUGUUCCAGGUUCUUCAGUCCAAUUGGAAUGGUUCCAGUCAUUGCAUUAGUAGGUUUUGGUCUGUUUGAUAGAGGCUUCCCUGUGACUGGACGGUGUGUAGAAAUUGGCAUCCCCAUGCUUAUACUGUUUAUAACCUGCUCCCAGUACUUGAAAGGUUUCCAGACAAAACAACUGCCAAUACUUGAGCGGUUUGCUCUCCUUAUAUCAAUCACAGUGAUAUGGGCAUAUGCACACCUCCUGACAGCCAGUGGUGCAUACAAACAUCGUCCAGAAAUCACCCAAAUUAACUGUCGAACUGAUAAAGCCUACCUCAUUUCUUCUGCUCCAUGGAUAAAGAUCCCAUAUCCUCUUCAAUGGGGUGCGCCCACCUUUGAUGCCGGUCAUUGUUUCGGAAUGAUGGCUGCUGUUUUUGUAUCAUUGAUUGAGUCAACUGGAGCAUACAAAGCUGCGUCACGCCUAGCAAGUGCCACCCCACCUCCAGCUCAUGUUCUUAGCCGUGGUAUUGGCUGGCAGGGCAUUGGGAUCUUAUUGGACGGACUAUUUGGAACAUUGACUGGCUCGACAGUGUCUGUAGAAAACAUCGGGUUGCUUGGAAGCACUCGUGUCGGAAGCCGCAGGGUUAUUCAAAUCUCAGCUGGUUUUAUGAUAUUCUUCUCUAUUUUAGGAAAAUUUGGAGCUUUAUUUGCAUCAAUACCCUUCCCUAUUUUUGGUGCUGUCUAUUGCGUGUUGUUUGGGUUGGUUGCUUCCGUGGGGUUGUCAUUUUUGCAAUUCACAAACAUGAACUCAAUGAGAAACCUUUUCAUCACUGGCGUUGCCUUCUUUCUUGGUUUGUCUGUCCCUGAAUACUUCAGAGAAUACACUUCCAAGGCCUAUCAUGGUCCUGCUCAUACCAGAGCUGGAUGGUUCAACGAUUUCCUCAACACUAUCUUCUUCUCAUCCCCAACUGUUGCACUGAUAGUCGCUGUUUUCUUAGACAACACACUUGACUACAAGGACAGUGCUAGAGAUAGAGGAAUGCCAUGGUGGGUCAAGUUUCGGACAUUCAAAGGGGACAGCAGGAAUGAAGAAUUCUACACCCUUCCUUUCAACCUUAAUCGUUUCUUCCCUCCAUCUUGAACUAACUUCAAUUCCAAAGAAAGAUGAUAGAGGAAAAACAUCAUUUCCAGAUCAGGAAUAUAUGUGGGGACCGGGUAUUACAACUAUAGUUAAGAAGAGUGAAACAAAAGAUCCAUGUGUUUUGCUUGCAGGGAAUGACUCCUUCCUGCUUUCUCCUCUCUCAUUUUCAUUGAUUUUGUUAUGACUUGGGUUGGUCAGUUUAUUACAACAAAACUAAUUUAUUACCAAAUUAACGGUGUGAUUUUUGGAGAAAUUAAAUAUUCGAAUCU